AUGGUUACGACUGUCAACGUUAGAGUGGAUCCACAGAUAAAGAACCCUCUCGAGGUCACCAAUCUCAAUUUGAUUACUGUUUCUCCUUCAUCGUUGUUUAUAAAUCCUUUUAACACAAAUAAAGAUGACAAAAAUGAAAUUAUCAAUUAUAAUCAACUAAAUGUGAAAAGGUUUGAUAUCAAGAAUUUGCUACCCAGCUACAAGCCCAAGGUGGAUGCUCUCCAAGCUAACCAAACUGAAGAAACCCCAUCUAAUCAAACUAUUCAUACUAAAAUCGUUGAUGGUUCAGUCCCUCUAAUUUAUAAUUCAAAUAUCUUAUACCUAUUAAACGAUAUCAGAAAAAAAAGAAAUUUGAUUAUAGCCAGUAACAAACAAAAGUUAAACGCUUUUGAUGCUGAAAAUACUAAUGAAAGCACAAAUGAUACCAAUUCAAAUAAUAAUAAAAUCGAUCGAGGUAACAAUCUUAGUGAAGAUGCCAAAAAUAGUUCUGAUACUAAUUUUUUAUUUCUAAAUAAAAAAUUAACUUAUUUCAUUGAUUUAAAUCGGUUUUUUCCAUUGACAAUUGAGCAGCAAUUGCUAAUUUUUUCCUUAUUAAAUAUUCCUUCAGUUUUUUCAAAUAAUUUAAUUGAGUUAAUUAUUUCCAAAACUUUUAAUAAUUUAUUAACCAAUCUAUCCGCUGAAACUUCAAAGACAAAAUUUUCAUUUAAUUGGUCCAUUUCAAACUAUGAAAAUUUAGAUCAUGAUAAAAUUGCUUACAUAAAAUUUACUUACCCAAAUUUUUUAGUCUCUUUGAAUUCCCAACUAAAUGAAUAUCAAAACAAUGUUAACAAUGAAAAUCAAAAUCAAAAUCAAAAUCAAAAUCAAAAUCAAACUCCAAAGACUUUUGUUGUCGACUUUUUUGUAUUAUUUAUAGUGAUAUUUGAUAAAUUUAAAAUACCAUUCAAAUCGAGUAAUAUUGACAUUUUACACAAUCUAUCAAUUAAAUAUGAAAAAAAAACCGAAAACUUAAUUGAUUUUGUUUUAAAAAUAUCAAAUUUAUCCUUCGAUUCAAUCAAUACUAAAUAUUCGGAUUUUAUUGCUGAACAAAGAUCUCAAAUUUUAUCAUUGAUCAAAAAAUAUCAAUUUGAACUUAAUUCAUCCCAAAAUAAAAAAAUAAAUGACCGUUCUAAUACUGAAGAUGAAAAAAAUAAUAAUGAUGAUAUUCAAAAUUACAAAAUAAACUUUAAUGAAUUAACCGAUAUACCUAAAGAAAUGUUGCCUCAAGUCAUUUCAGAUAUCAAAGAUUUUAGAACAAAAGUUUAUCAAAACUUGAAACAAAAACAAAUAAAAGAACAAUUGGAAGAAAAAAGACGUUCAAAAUUGCAAAUUAGAAAACUAUAUGACUCAAUUAAACAAUCAUCUAAAAAUAAAACUAAGAUAAAUUCCAACGGUGAAAACGGUCAGGAUAUUCAUGAAGAAGAUUAUGAUGACGACGAAUAUGAUGAUGAUAAUGAUGACGAAAUGAAUGAUUUAGAAUACGAAGUUGUUAGAACGAAUUUAGAAAUGAAAUCGGCUAAUCAAGAAUAUUUAGGAAAAGAACAAAAUUUAAUCAAAUUUGAAAAUUCUUAUAAAAAAAAUCUAAUAAAUAAGUUUAACUACGUUAAAAAUUAUGAAUCGGAAUUUGUCUUGAAAAGAAGAGAUUUUUUGUUAAAGAAUUAUGAAAAAUUCGAUGAUGAUAAAGAAUCAAAACUAAAAGAGCUACUAUAUUAUAAGAAUAAACCUUUAUAUUUGAAGAAUAGAAAAUCAAAGUAUGAUAUUGAGGUUCAAAACGAUGAAAAGGAUAGAAAAGAGGAAUUGAGAGACCUUGAAAUUAGCAAGAAAAGUAAAGACUUUUUAUCAUCUUUACUUGAUUCUAAUACUAAACCCACGUUUGAUAAACCAAUUAAACUUGUCAUUAAAUCUCAAAAUAAAUUUAAAAAUAAUAAAAUUAUUGGUAAUAAUGACACUGAAAAAAAUACCAAACCAGACACAAGUUUGCAAAAUAUCGAUAUAAAUUCGGAAUCCGAAUCCAAAUCCGAAUCCGAUUUCCAGUCUCAAUCAGAAUUAGAUUCUGAUUCUGAUUCUGCUAUAGAUUAUCAACUGCAAGAUAAAAAUAUAGAAUCUGAGGAUGAAGAUAGAGAUUCUGUUUCAUCUAACAAUGAUGAAAAGAUGGAUGAAGAUAAUAUUAGCGAAAGUGAUGAAGAGAUAAACAAAAGUGAUGAAGAAGAAAUAGUUAUUCAUAUUAUUGGAGAAGAAGAAGAAAGAGAAUUGAUUAAGAAAUUAUCUGAAUAUUCAGUAGAAAAAUUAAGCAUUUUAGUUACCAAAGUAACACCAUUUGUUAAUUUGCUAUUGGAAGAAUAUCUUGGAUUUGUUGAAGAAGAAAUGGCAGAUUUUAUUACAGGUUAUAUUAAAAACAACAAAGGGACUAAUAAAACUGGAUUAAUUAAUGAAUUAAUGGAAACAUUUGAUGAAGAUAGUGAGAUACUAGUAAAUAAACUUUGGAGUCAUUUGUCUGAAGAGGUUAACAAAUUAAAUUGA